AGGUUGUUUUGCUUAGCACGCUCUAGUCUACAGUGUCCUCUCCUCUCGUGUAGUUUGAAGCUCUGUCCGCCUGUCGGUCUAGUUUCAGUUUUGGUAAAAAUCUUUAACAUAGUAUCGUUUUCAGCACCACCACGGUAAGUAGACAACGUAUCACUCAUCAAGAAUUAUAUCAGAAAACACAAGAACACCAUCCGUUGAAAGUCUCACCAUAGGUGAAAACUCAUUUUCUCGGACUAAAAACUAAGUUCCAACUAACUUAAUCACUCGUUCAUUCUGUCCUAUUGACAUAAAAUUUUCAAAAAAAGGCCCUAUAAAAACGAACCAAUGUCGCUAUCUCGCCCAGUAGCAGAAGUCGCCCACCAGCGGCGCCAUCAACGUCGUUCUGCCAUAAUGGCGUUGCCCCGCAUGCUGAUUGCGGCCGGGCAGAUCUUCACGCGUGGCUGCGACGCGUCUUUCGCCGCAUCUUCACAGCAGACACGUACUUCCCCUGCCUCUGACGCCAUUACGGUCACCCUGUUGUCGGGCGCACGCUGUGGGGAGAAGCCCAUCCCCGUGAGCAGCUUCUCCACCGCGACCGAGGGUUUCGUCGAAGUUGCUGAAUUGGUAGAAAAGUUGCGGCGGGUGUGUCCUGAAAGUUUCCGGAGGUGCAACGCGUCUGCCGCGUUUCAUCUACUGGGGUCUAGUUAUACUCGUCCGCCGCCUGUACUAGAUGAAGUUGUUGGGAGGGCGGGCGCCGGGAACAGACAACUUCUUCUAGACGGGGGUCCUCGUCGGGAGCUGCUGCAACGAGCAGCAGUUUCCGACGUUGCCCCGCCUGGUUCUCGACGGCAUUGUGAAAAACCACGUUGGGUUAAACGAGCCGCAGGAUACUAG